UCAUACAUUCGUUGCCGCCCACUAAUUGUUUUUGUUAUUCUUUAUCAGCGUCAUACGUGGUGUUUGCAUUUUAGAUAUUACAUGGUAAAAUCAACUGCACAGCCAAGAUGAGCAAGGAAACCCUCAACCGCGAUGAAAUCCUACUCCUUUUCGACGUGGAUGGUACACUAACAAUGCCCCGUUCGGUGGUGCAGCCGGAAUUCGAAGAGUUCUUCUACACAAAGGUGAAACCCCGGGCGACGAUUGGCAUUGUUGGUGGCUCUGAUCUUGAGAAAAUGUUCGAGCAGCUGAGCGGACAGAAGAUUCUGACGAAAUUCGAUUUUAUAUUCCCCGAGAACGGGCUGGUGCAGAUCGAACGUGGCACCGAAGUGGGAAAGCAAAACAUAAUCAAGCAUCUGGGGGAACCGGUGCUGAAGCGAUUCAUAAACUUUGUUCUCCGAUACCUGUCCGAGCUGGAUGUGCCCAUUAAACGCGGUACGUUCAUUGAGUUUCGCAACGGCAUGAUGAACGUCUGCCCAAUCGGUCGUCAGUGCACGCGCGAGGAGAGGAACAUGUUUGCCCAGCAUGACAUCGAGCACAAGAUCCGGGAAAAGAUGAUAGCGACGCUUAAAGAGGAGUUUGCCGAUGUGGACCUAACGUACAGCAUAGGCGGACAAAUCAGUUUUGAUGUCUUUCCCCAUGGCUGGGACAAAACCUAUUGUCUGCGGCACAUUGAAGCCCAUUAUAAGUACAAGGAAAUCCAUUUCUUCGGCGACAAGACGGAGCCGGGUGGCAACGACUAUGAAAUCUAUACAGAUCCUCGCAUUAUUGGCCACAAGGUGAACACUCCAGACGACACGAAGCGUAUACUUACAGAGAUUCUUAAGCUUUGAACCAUCUGAAGAUUGUUUAUGAGAGUUAACCAAAAACUGAUCAAUAUUCCAUUGUAAAUAUGUAAGCAAAAGUGAAAAUAUAAUGUUUUGUAAACGUUA